ACCCUUUUACUGUCGGUUGACCAUUUUACAAUACUGUGUUGCUGUUUGAUAGUGUUCUGAGUGAAAGUUGUAUUGGAUUGUUUGUGAUUUGUUUGGCCCCGUAUAUUUGUUGAAAAAAAAAUAUGGCGGAUGAAGAUGCGGAAGAGGGGCAGGAAUGGGACGCUCUGCGCAUGCGUGAUGACGAAGAAAUGGGAUUUUUCACGGAACUCGCGCUGCACGAGACGGAGAGGUGGAUACAGGCCAUCACAAGGAAGAAGUUUGAGUAUGCUGAUGACUUUAGAAAGUCUCUGGGCAAUGGUGUUCUGUUGUGCGAGUUAUUGAAUAAUUUACAGGCAGGCACCAUCAAGAGGAUUAACAAACUGCCGGGUGCCAUAGCGGGACUGGACAAUGUGAAUGUGUUUUUAGCCGCCUGUGAAAAAACUUUUGGACUGAAGCCGACCCAACUGUUUGACUCAAGUGACCUAGAAGACCUCACACAGCGGGCCAUUGCUGAUGAAAACGAGUACCUCCUAAAGCAAGAAACCGAGCGGAGAUCAAGAAAUGUUGCAGUAACGAUUUACUGGUUGGCAAAGGCAGUGAGCGGUAAAUUCAACGGACCAUCGCUUGAUACAAGUGCGUUUUCUGCUCUUGUGUACACGCAUGGCAGUAAGAGGGACAGUAUUAUUGCUGAUGAGUGUUUUAAAAAUGGGAGCCCGCUAGGGAAAGACAGUGGAUUGGAGACUGUAGGUGAAACAGUUGACAAAAAUAAUCACAUCAGGGAUAGCUCUUAUGAUUCAUUAGGAUCUUAUGAACGUGAAUCUGAAUCCAGUUUUGAUGAAUUAGAUUCUAGUGGGAACAUGCCAGUGCGUUCAGACAUGCGUGAAAUGAAGCGAUACGGGAGUCACAGCUCCCUUACCCUGCCAAGGGACCUUAAAUUAUCCAGCAACAGUCAGGAUUCCAUGUACUCAAACCACAAAGAUGACAGCAUGUAUCGAAGCUCACCAGAUAUUUCACACGUUCACACCCGAUCUUCGUCCACUGACAGUGCCGAGGGUGGUUAUUAUGGCAACCAUUCACGACAGUCGUCAGGAAGUACUGCAGAAUAUCCAACAAGGCGUACAUCAUCCUCGGGCAGGAAAACGAGCUCAUCAUCGCCAGACCCGCUUCAGUUUGUUAAGCUUCGCAGCGCAGCAAAUCUUGCCGAGCAGGCAAAGAAGCAGAUUGAGGUUGUGAAGGAGGUGAACACAAUGCGGGGAUUGACAACAGCCGCGGCGCCCACUCCCCUCACACAUGAUGAACCUGACUGGAAGUCGAACCUGACAAAGUGGAAGACACAACGUCGAAAGUCCGCUCACCUGCCUGACAUGGAUGUAAAUGCCCCGCUGGAGGAAGAGGAACCACGGAAACAGAAAACAUUCUCACAAAUUAUGGCUGAAAAAGAGGAUCGGAAAAGUCAACGGAGGCCCAUCAAUGUGUACCCAAUGGAUGAUGACGAUGACCUGACUGGAAAGAAGUCCUCAGUCAGUCCUGUGACUAAAACCUCCACUAGCAAGUCUUUUAUACCAAAGGAGCCACAAGUUGUUGCGCCCUGGGCCCAAGGGUCUAGUGGGGAAGACAUUGACCAAUCAGAUUCUGAGAAUCAGAGUCACAAUUCCGGCGAGAGCGACAGUGUGUUUUCCUCCUCUGAUAAAUCUUCUACCCCUAACAAAGUGUUAAGUGAUGAUGAUUUGUGGCAUAAGAACAAACCAAAUUCACAAAUAAUGCCAAACAAAGUGAUCCAGUUAAAUGCACGUAAGCCUGGUGAAGGUGUUAAAAAAAUGUGGGAAAAUAACGUGAACGAAUCUCAGAGGAAAGAAAACAAUAAGAAAAAGGAUAUUCCAACAAAUAACAGUGCUAAAAUCAAAAACAUUACACACGCUUUUGAACAAAAGGAUAAAGAAGCUAAUGCUAGCCCUGUUAUUAAACGUUCAGAGUACAGGAAUUCCCCGCCUUUGAAAUCAUUGGAUUUAUCGGAUUCCAAGUUUUCCCCUGCUAACGACAAAUUGCCUGUUUCACCCCUUUCUCCAACUACGCCAAAGGCUCUAACUCCAAGGGCGGACAGAUUUUCAUCGGGGCGAAAUGUUGCUGAGAGCAAUAAUUCUGAACCUGAAAAAAAGUUCGUUCAAAAAGUGAUAAAAAUCAGUCAGCGCCCAAACAACAAUCGGGGGUUCGGGUUUACUCUGGUUGGUGGACUGGAAAAACGUGAACCAGUCACUGUUUCCCGAGUAUCGCUUGGAAGUGCUGCUGAUGUCCAGGAUGUGCUGGCCAAUGACGAGCUGGUGGAAGUGAAUGGUCGUGACGUGUGGACCUUGACAUUGGCCCAGGUACAGGGCAUCAUAGACCAUGGGGUGAAGAAAGGGCAGAUAGAGCUCAAGGUCAAGCGAUACACAGAUGAAGAAGCAUAUGACUCCAUGGAGGAAGAGGAGGCAAAUCGCCAGGCCAACAACAACAACACCAACAACAGCAUGAGCAACAAGGUGGUGCCAGUGCCUAGCAGCCCAGAGACGGAACCAACUGAGGAACGACAUGGCUACAGACACCAUGUUGCACAGAUUCCUGUGAAGACAGACGAGACGGGCAAGCCUCGCCUGAUGGACCAACUCCUUGGAGAACAACAGCGUGAAAGCAACAACAACAUUGAGAAGCCUGCAAGGGCACCUAGCCCAGUUGCCAUGGAGACGAUAAUGCCGAAAACCCAUGUGACAGUAGAGACCACACCCAUGAGACCAGGGUUGGAUGGGACUCAGGACAUGUCUUCCCCAGGGGAUCUGACCGUGACAGAGGAGAGACCCACCCUGUCAAUCAGAAAAAGCCCACCGGUCAUUCGCAGGGAGAAGUCUCCCAUGCUGCCCCAGCAGUCAUCCCCUGCCCCUCCCUCUCCCCCGAAGGUGGAUCCCCCACAUAUGGACCGUCGCCAAGACAACAUGAGUACUGCCUCUGAGGAUUCAAAUUCCUCUGGAUUUGGCCCACCUGCAGCCCUGCUGCGCUGGCAGCGACGGAGACCGCAGUCCGAGAAUGUUAACUCUGGACCGACUAUGGAAGAUCGUGAGAGGGACCGUAUGAAACGCCUUAGUUCCACACUUCCGUACAAGUCUGAUGGCAUCUUCAGUUUUGAUGACAAGUACAGCAAAGAUGACUCAGAGGUUGAUCGUGUAUCAAAGGACUUUGUUGAGACCGUGUCAGUGUCAAAGUCAUAUGAAUCAAAGCCACAAGCGUUUCAAUUUAAUGAUGAAUCUAAAAUGGACGAAUGGGAAAAUAGACAGGAGAAGGAGAGAAAGCCUGAACCUGUGAAGUCAUUUGCUCCUAUAGAGCUACACAUACCCAGAGAGGAAGACCUGACCGCUCAGUCUGCAGCCCCUCCCCAGAAUGCGGCGCACAUUGAAGUGCCACCUAGUGCUGAUUUAAGCAUUCCCAAAUUCGAGGCUUCUCUUUCACCACAGGAGAAGUUUGAGCGCGAGCAACAGCGGAUCCGAGCCAAGUAUGAGGAGGAAAAGCGACGAGCAAGCGAGGCCGAGAGGCAGAAACAAGAACAGGAGAAAAAGGUCCUGGAUUCAGAUAAGUUUUUGCGGAGUAUGGAAUCACAAAUCCUACAGACCAAAACGGAGGCAUCCAAUCAAAACUUUCUGAACGACGGUUCAGGCCGAUCAUUGGCUCCUGAACAACGGGUCAUCUCAGAGACGACAAUCAAGUUUCCGGCCAACGCCCCAGCAAGACCUCUAAUAAUUGACCCAAGGAAUGAAACUGCAUCUUUGGAUCCCAAGAUGCCCGAGUACAGUUUCCGUGUUGACCUUUCAAGGACUGAAACUGCCCCACCACUGCGCACAUUGAAUCAGCAGCCAGAGCUGAGUGCAGAGGAGCUGCUGAACCGGGAGCGGGAGAAGAUUCGCGCCGAGGAGAAGAUGAAGUUUGAGGAGGAGAGACUGAGGUGGAAGGAGGAGCAGGAGAGGAAGAAUCAAGAACAAGAGGAAAAGCUUCGCCAAGAACGAGAGCGACUGCAGCGUGAACAGGAACGCAUUGAGCGGGAAAGGGCAAUGUUGGAGCAGAAGAAACAUGAGGAGCAGACAACACAUUCCUUCUCCCCUGUAUCCAACCAGUCUCCUGUGAGCAGCACUACUAGCUCGCUGUCCCACUCUCCUCGGUCCCCACCCCCUGCCCUCAACCCGACCCGGGCGAAUAAUUAUGGCAAGAAGGUGCCCCCUCCCACCGCACCUAAACCUGAAAAAGGUACCAAAGAGAAAGCAAGACUCACAAGAGAGGACUUGUUAGCAAUGAACAGAAAAGCCACACCUUUGACAAAACCUGAUCCCUCAAUGGAGGGGCAUCAUCCAACCUCUGACAGUCUUUCACCAACAAUGAGAGAAGCACCCACCAAAGCUCAGUUGCACUCGCUAAAUGCUGUGCCAAAGCAAAAGUACAGACAUUCCGCACCUUGGAUGAAGGAGGAGGAUAGUGCAGGUUCUAGUACGCAAAGUGAGAAACCUUUUGUGAUAGGAAAAAGAUCUGACUUGAUACAUCAGAGAGAUUAUUCCAACCCAAAUGACCACUGGGUGGUUCGUGAGGCUGAAAAACGUAGAUUAGCAGACAAGAGAGACAAUGUUGAAAGCAUAACAGCUCGUGCUGGACCAACUAAACCGAGUCAGAGUGCUUUAGUUAGUCGAUUCCGUAGUGAUGUUGAACCCCCACCGAGGAGUAGAGCAAAUAGAUAUUCUUACCCUUCAUAUAGUGACAAAAACGAUACCACAUCCUCAAGACUUUCGUCGACAAGUGGCUCAAGCUUAAGAAACAUUGACCGCAGUCCUGAGCAAGGAAUUACUACACAGUUCAGUGCAAGAACUCAACCAAAUAGUUACGCCAGUAAUCCCUCUAUGUCAAGUACCCUACCGCCAAACUUCAGUUUUAACGCAAAUACACGGAACCAUGCCAGCGCUGGGUCAUCAAAACCCCCUCGGUCCUUGUCAGACAACAGUGAUUCGGUGAUAGCGGUCAGCGGAAAACAGAAGUGUUCACAUUGUGGAGAAGAGUUAGUUGAAAAUAUGUCACAUCUUCAAUGUGACUUCCUUGAAGGGUUCGGGGCCGCCAUGGUGAUCGAAUCUCUCGGUCUCUACUAUCACGUGCAGUGCUUCCGUUGCUGUGUCUGUCACAUGGCGCUCGGUAACGGCUCUGAAGGAGCAGACGUCAGGGUUCGCGUUGACAAAUUGCAUUGUAAAAAUUGCUACAGCAAUGAUGAAGCUGGGUUAAAAUUCAGUAAGGUGUAGCCAUGACUGUGUUGACUGUGUCGACCGUGUUGACGUAAAAAACGGACUUUCAUAUUGAAACCAGGUGAAAGAUAACGCAAGGAAAACAGAAAGAAAAUAGGAUGCUGCACUUUUACUGGGAUCCAGAGGCAACAGUGGAAAUAAACAGCUUGAAUUGUGAUGUCAUGUUAUUAAUUUACAUUGAUAUGGUUUUUAUGCAUUUCAAAGCUAUACUCCUCUUUGUGAUUGCACGAGUAUCCCACCUACCUUGUCAUUCAGCAUCAAAAUAUCCUAUAAUUUUUCCAUCCAACAAGAAAUUUCAAUGUUUUAUUAUUGGUUAAACUAACCAUUGUAACACUAAGCUUAAAACGACAAGGUUUUAUUCAAAACUACAUGAUGAUUAAUUUAUUAACAUUCUCUUUUGAAAUAUGUCUGAUGACAUUAUUUAAUAAUGGCAUAACAACCAAACUGGUUUGACUCACUGUAAAGUUUUGUUGUAACUACAUUAAAUAUUAAAAUGUAUUUUUUCCAUAAAUACUUUUUCAAUAGUAAAGAAUGCAUAGAAACAUACUAAACAUUUAUGAACAUAUUAUCAUAGUUUCCGUGCAAUUAGUCAGUGUACAUGUAUGUAACCGACAUGUUUUGAGACUUCUCCUAUACUGUAUCUCUAUUGUUUUCCAUUAUGUUAAUGUAUAUGUAUAUAUACAUAGUAGUUAAUGGGUUUUACAUGUAUACAUGUCUGUGUGCAUCAUAGUUUAUGAAACUAUACAGUGUUUUGAUAUAUAUAUGUAUAUACAUAAUAUAUAUAAAUAUAUAUCAGCAAAUAUUUGACAGUAACAUGUGUUCAUAGUAAUAUAUAAUCAAAUAUAGAUACUUUCAAUUUGUGUCUUUAUGCAGUCAGAUUUUUGACAAAAUUUUAGCAAAUUUAAGGAAUAUUUUCUAGUAUGUUUUGAAUCUGCACCAAUUAAUAAGAUUCAUACCAUCCCAGUAGAGUUAUUUAAAACGAAAUAUUUAUUUUUUUAAUUUUUGUGACAUAAAUGAUAUCAUAAUUUUACCUCUGUAUAGCUGAUGUUAUAUGGCUGUGCUUAUCAGUAUCUGCCUUUAUACCAGGCUUUCCAUUAUUAUUGCUGAGUGAUUGUUAAGUUUUUCCAUUUCUUGUUGCCUGUUGUUGUGAUAAAUUGAUUGUAGCAUAUUACAAAAAAUGUCUUGAUUUGAAUGAUAUCUGCCAGCCUGUGUUGCUAGGGCUAUCCAGUGACAUGGUCUCAUGAAAUAUUUCGUUCUUAAAUGUACGUGCUUGCUAUAUUUAUGAACAUAAUGAAUGAUACUGUCUAGGCUGGCUAUGUUUAUGAACAUAAUGGAUGAUACUUUCUAGGCAUAUUAUGUUUAUGUACAUAAUGAAUGAUACUGUCUAGGCUGGCUAUGUUUAUGAACAUAAUGGAUGAUACUUUCUAGGCAUAUUAUGUUUAUGUACAUAAUGAAUGAUACUGUCUAGGCUUGCUAUGUUUAUGAACAUAAUGAAUGAUACUUUCUAGGCUGGCUAUGUUUAUGAACAUAAUGAAUGAAACUAUGUUAAGCUUGAUAUGUUUAUGAACAUAAUGAAUGAUACUAUCUAGACUGGCUAUUUUAUGAACUUAAAGAACGAUAUUAUCUGGGCUUGUUUUAUGAACAUAAUGAAUAAACUAUCUAAGCGUCCUUCAUGUAUGUUAAUGAUUAUAAUGAAUUAUACUACUGUGAAAUCAUAAAUGUUCGUGGGGCAUUAAUGUUCGUGGUUUUCGUGGGUUGGGUGAUCCACGAAUUCAAGAUCCCACGAAAUAUAGAUCUUUUAUUCACUUUUUUCAAUUGCCAUGUUAUGUACAUACUCUAGCUUAUUCGUUACACAGGCCGCAUUUUACAGCGUAAAGAUCCGUCUCACUGUAUAUCUUACUUUCAUCGUUUUGUUAAUAUAUUAUAUAUGCCUUCAACAAAUAAUAAACCAAAUCAUUUUAAUGUGUUUUAUGAACCAAAUGACAGAAGCACGUGCCUAAACGUGUGCUGUUCAUGAAAAUCUCAAGGCUAACACGAUGUGAGUGAUGAGUCUCUGUUCUCGAUUCUUUCUUUAAUGGAAUAAUUAAUCGAUUACAUUGGAGGUUCUGGGCAUCCAACAUGACAAUGUACAAAACAUCGCGUUCAAUACACUUAUUAAACAAAAAUGAAUAUUGAAAUUAUGAUAUGUAAUGAGAUGAUAUUUAAAGUGAUUAAAUUUGUAAACAUCAGCUAUCUUUUGGGAUUGUUUUCUCAAAUAUACGGACCUUCUCGGUAUUUUCGCAGUUUGCAAAAUUCAAUGGCUUUGCCUAUCUGUAUUUAUGAUCAAGGUACAUUUUCUUUUAUGACCUUGAUUUCAAAUUAAAUCGAUAAUUGACAUGCACUCAUUGGCAUGCCAUACCACUUUAGCGAGUGUCAUAAACUGUGUGACGUAGAAGACGAAAAUCACGGGCUAGCGCGUGGAGAUAAUGCAGAAGAUCUAGGACGAUCGCAGUUUCAAUUUUUUUUUCAAAAAUGAAAAACCACGAAUUCAAGUACCCACGAAAGUGUUAUUUUUCGGCAAACCACGAAAUUUCAUGCCAACGAAUAUAAAUGAUUUCACAGUAUCUAGGCUUUCUAUGUUUAUGCUUAUAAUGAAUGAAACUAGCUUAGCUUGCUAUGUUUAGCUAUGUUUAUGAACAUAAUGAAUGAUACUACAUAAGCUUGAUAUGUUUAUGAUCAAUAUGAAUAUUGCUAUUUCAGCUUAUUAUGUUUAUGUUUUGUGAUAUAUUGACAGUGCUGUCUCGUAACUUUGUGUCCCUGUUUGUAUAAUCUGUGUAAAAAAUGUACACAUAACAUAAAAUAGACAAGUUUGGAAUUAAUGACUUUGGGAAUGCAAUCUGGUUCAUAAUUCUGCAAGCAUUUUUUGUUGUAGGAUGAACACUUUGUUGUUAUAGAAAUAUAAUGUAAUUGAUAUCAUGUUAUUAAUUUGAUUUUAGGGUAAACUUACAUAUCAGUACAAAUAUUUAUUCAAACUGUUAAAUUUUAGAUAUAGUUUUACAUUGAACAGUAUUUUCAGAUUUGAUGGGGCUAGGCUUGGGGAAUUUCGUUUGUCUCCUGACAGUUACCAUAUUUAUCCUAAUACAUGAGGUCUGCUCUUGCUGAUUAUCAGACUGUCUAGCACUAAAAUUCUUGUCGACUAUUUUUUUUUAAUUUGGUGUUGUGUAACCUUUGUGUAGUACAAUAGGGUACAUGUUCCUAGAAAUAAAAUCUGUAGGUGCACAGUUAACAAAAUGGCUUCUGAUAUUUUUUUACGGUAAAAUAAGCUCUUUUUUGUUUUAAUAACAAUAAUAAGCAUUAAGCUUCUAAAAUCAAAUCAAAUGCCCAAGGACAUCUAUGAUAGGGACAAAUACCGUAGUUGUUUCACUAUAGAGAAAUGAGAUGUUGACUAUACUGUCUAUAGUCUGAACUAUACAAGAGAUUUUCAAAUUCUCUUUCCAUCUAUAUUAGAUACUAAAUUGGUUAUGUUAUGAAUGUAUUGAAAGAAAAUAACUGGAAACAAAAAACCCAAGAUUGAUAAUGUAAAUAUAAUGCUGUAAUAUAUUUUUUCUAGCUUAUAUUUGAACCCUUCAAGAACUCUUGUAUAAUUCAUUUAAUUUCUUAUUAUUGAUUGUGAUAUCAUUACAUUCUGCUGAGCCAAUUAUGUAAAAAUUAUCACAAUAACAAAAAUUGACUUUCAGAUAAAAGAAUGAAAUAUACAUGUAAAUCAUUUCCCCAAAUAAUGACCUGUAUAAAUGAUAUAUACAUGGUUUGUGAACAUGAUUUUGAAGCUAUAAAAAAUUGCUGUAUUAUAGUAUAUGCUUCAGAUUUGAAAUAAUAUUAUAUGAACAGAUAGCAUUAAAGUUUCAUUAUGAAAGCGAUUGAGGCUUUUUGUUGGUAUAUUAUGUACUUGUAUUUAUAAUAUAUAUAUUCAAACUAUUAGUUCACUGUAUCAGUCAAAUGUUUUAUGAGGCAGAUUGCUUGGCAUUCAUUCGUUUAUUCAUCGUUAUAUUUAUCAUUUAUGCUUUGUUGUAUGCUUGUUUUAUGUUGUGGCUGUAUCGAGAUGUUUUACACAUGGUUCAUACUUGUAUAUAAAUAUACUUAUUGCAAUAUUGUUCAGAAUACAAUGUGAAAUAUUUAUGUUAUAAACAGAUAAAACAUUUAAUUUAAUAAUAAAGCUUGAUAUAUUAA